AUGUUGUGCGGUGGAUUCCAAGGUAAAGAAAUUACCUAAAAGUAACACGAUUUAGCUAAUCACCAUCUUUAAGAUGUUAACAAUUUACUUGGCAAAUCUUUUACUUCCUUAAAUGUCACUAAGUACUCUUCUUAAAUUGUUGCUGGUACUAAUCAUCUUUUAGAAGCUGAAGCUAAUGACGGUACUAAGCUCUCUCUUAAGGUUUUUGAACCUCUCCCUCAUACUAACUCACCUACUUAACUUAGUGAAGCUAAACUUUUGUGA